ACUGCCCUCAGCCAUCCCCACUGCGGAACCCAUCCUAUUCGAGCAGGCAGAAUGCAGCUGGGAGGUUAAAGGUGACUAGAGCAGAGCGGUGCUACCUGGGUGAACUAGUUUACAGUGUAGGUGCUGAUAGCAGGCGCGGAGAUCAUGCCUUCCCUGCACACGAGGAAGAGGAUUGGAGUCUAUCUGAAUGAGAACAAGAGAAGAAAACUUAAUUUUGACAUAUUCGAGGAACUUUGCAGGAAUCAUGGAUAUGAUGUUAUAGAGGUUGACCUCACCAAAUGUCUCAAUAGCCAAGGGCCAUUUGAUCUCAUUAUUCAUAAGUUGACAGACCUCUUGAUAGAAGCGGGUCAGGACCUGGCAUCUCAUCACCUUGUCCAGAGGCUUCAGGUUUAUCUGGACACCCAUCCCUUUACUGUCCUUCUGGACCCUCUACCGGCUCUGUACACACUUCUUGACCGAUUCCAGUCGUAUCGCCUUAUAAAAAGCCUGGAGAUCCAACAGCAAGGGGUCAGUGCUUUGUUCUCCCCUCCAUGCGUGGAGCUGAUGUCCAAGCGCAGUGAUAUGGUGGAUUUGGUUAGAGAACGUCUUACCUUCCCUAUCAUUUGCAAAACCCAGGUGGCUCAUGGACCGCGCUCACAUGAGAUGUCCUUGAUAUUUAAUGAGCACGGACUAAAGGACGUGACUCCCCCUUGUCUUCUCCAGAGCUUCAUCAACCACAGCGCCACCCUCUAUAAGAUUUUCGUUGUAGGUCCACAGCAUUUUGUCGUCAAGAGACCAUCCAUACGUAAUUUUCCCUUGGGCGAGACUGACCAAACGACAAUCUUCUUUAACAGCCACCAUGUCUCCAAGGCAGAAUCCUGUUCACACCUGUCUCAAACCCCUCUGUAUCCAGAUGUCCUACCUCCAUCAGAUGACGUUGUCAGACAGGUGGUCCAGGGUCUUCAGGACGCUCUGGGAAUGUCUCUUUUUGGUGUGGAUUUAAUAGUGGACACUCAGAGUGGUCGUUGUGCAGUUAUUGAUAUCAAUGCUUUUCCAGGGUAUGAAGGUGUCAGUGAAUUUUUCCCAGCUUUAUUAUCACACGUGGACAAAAUCCUUAACAACAGCAAAGAAUCUCCAUCUGCUUUGGAAGGUUCCCCAGAUGUCCCUACAUGUGAAGAUCGCAAGAUGGACCUAAGAUCUUUCUCAGAGCCUUGUAAAAGACGAGUCAGCAGCACGUCUUAUUUUUCAAUAGCCUUUUCUGCUGAUUGCUGACGAAGGAGAUAACCAAACCAAUGGACCUUUCUUUAUUAAAUUAAACCUCGACAUGGACAACCUUUCUUUAUGAUGAGAUUACCAGUAACGGAACCACAUGAAAUUAUUAUAAUCAAUAAUACGAGGAACAUAGGCCUCUAGUAAUGAAGACUACCACCAAUAUCUGAAGCAUACGUAUGCUUAUACCCUGAAUUUGUCAUUUUUAUUCGGUUCUCAGAGCAAAACAUGAAAAUUAUCACCGGACAGACAUCAAUGAACAAUGGAAGAUGUAGUCUUGUAGAUAUCUCCCUUACUGACAAGGACCUUCUGCUUCUGAAUGCAACUAAUAUUGCUUCUCUUCAACUAUUUGUAAUAUAAUUAAUGAGCAAAAGAUUUAUAAAAGUAACAUUGUAAGGCAAAGAAGAAGAAUAUUAAUAUUAGUAUUGAGAGUACAAUCAGCCAAAUCCAAUCAAAUUCAUCAGGUACUAUCAGGGUAAGAAACAACUUUGGAAAAUGUGGACAUACCCUGUACGUAAUCUCUGUGACUUCAAACCCAGUAUCUGUCUGAGUGUAUUGCCAAAGCUUAACAUUAUAAUAUAACUACAAAAACACUGCCCCAUUCUGCAAACAGCAUACAGAAGAAUUUUGUAUAUACAGGGUACAAGAACACGUGCAAAGCGUCGGCAGAUUAUAGUUU